AUUUCUGGUCAUUUCAAUCUCCUUUGUCUUGAAGCUUGAAACCCCUCCAUAACCUGCAUUCUGGCUAUGGAUCUCCCUGCAGAAGAGGAGCAGCCGUUGUAUUCUCAGCGACCUGAGUGGGCCGAUGUCGUUCCUUUAGAACAGUACGAAAGUGUCGCCCCUCUUGCGCCCAUCUUUUAUACGGAUGAAUACAGAGAUGCCACGAACUACUUCAGAGGGAUCGUCAAGAGCGAUGAGAUGAGUCCCAGGGUGUUGGAGCUCACGGAGAACAUAAUUCGGCAGAAUCCUGGACACUACUCUGCAUGGCAGUACAGGUACAAAACACUUAUGGCAUUGAAGUCUCCCCUCGACGAUGAGCUUCAGCUGAUGGAUGAACUUGCGAUCAAGCAUCUCAAGACAUACCAAGUCUGGCAUCACCGCAGGCUGCUCGUGCAGCAGACCCGCAAUCCCGGCCCUGAGCUCGAGUUCAUCGCUAACUCGUUGCAAGUUGAUACGAAGAACUACCACACGUGGUCGUACAGACAGUGGAUCCUCGCGUACUUCAACGACGACGCGUUAUGGAGUCAUGAGCUGGAUUUCGUGGAGAAAAUGCUUGAAAGUGACGUGAGGAAUAACUCUGCAUGGCAUCACAGAUUCUUCGUCGUCUUUCAAUCUGGGGUACGAAAUGGGGAUGAAGACAGAGAUGCGGUUGUCCGGCGGGAGCUUGCAUUCGUGAAGGAGCGAAUUGCAAUUGCACCGAAUAAUGCAUCUGCGUGGAAUUACCUGCGCGGGGUGCUUGAUCAUGCUAAAAUGCCUUAUUGCGAACUUCAAGCAUUCGUGCUGCCUUAUUCUCUGCCUCAACCUCCUUUAGAUACACCCCCUGAGGUCGUUGAUCUCGAGAGUCCUCUUCCUUCGAAGGAUGCACAACUGCCCUGCGUCGCUGCUGUUGAAUUCAUGGCUGAUAUUCACGAGGCAGCAGGGGGUGGUGACUUGGUGAAAGCCACUGAGCUUUGGAAAUCUCUGGCAAAUGAGCACGAUACUAUACGCAAAAGAUACUGGGAAUUCAGGAUCGCGGAAUCCUUGAAGACCAAAUCAGCUGGUGACGGCUGAUGGAUGCCCACCUUAGCACAUCAUCAGAAUUCUUUUUUUUUUACGUCGAUCAGGUAAACAGGGCAUCAUCAAAUACUAUGUGUGGUUUUCGUUGGUUUUGCAUCUCCUCCACUAAUCAGAAAAACUGGAUCCUGCAGUUUAAAGUAUUUCAAGGAGCCUGUGCGAGAUCUCCAAAUAAUGCUAUCAAUAAAUGCGCCUGGAAUCAA